AUGGACUACCAGCCCCCCGAAACAUUGGUCUAUUUUGCUCUGUAUACCUUCAGUCAUAAAGCCAAGCAAAAAGUUGAAUGUAUUGUGAAAUAUCAAAAUAAGUGGCUUAGAGGCCAAAUUGAGCUGCAGGAGUCUGAUAUCGCUUUUCUUGGUUUCUCCAUAAAGCGUUUUUUUUAUUCACUAUGUCUGAAGAUGAACUUUACUAUGUCCUACCGACUCGACUCGACAAUCGUCACUCCGUAUUACAAGUACACUCCAUUUGACCUGACCUCGCGAACUUCCAGCUCCACACCAACCAAGAACUACGCUGCCAGAAAAACGAAAAAGAUCGCUUGGUUCGUGAGCAACUGCGGCGCCAACAGCCCCAGGCUUCAGUACGCCAAGGUUCUUGCAAAGUACAUACAGGUUUGUCUGAAACAUCGUUUAUGCCUCUCUUACCAUGACUCAACCUCCUCUUCCAUGCUACCCAUGAUAAUUUCCUGCUUCGGACCGUAG